AUGUCGUCGACGUCCGCACCGCUGGCGACUGCCACAACGUCCGGGACACCAGAGCAACGUUCUUCCGGAAAUAUGACCGAGGCCGAUACACCAAAGCACAGUCCGCCAAAGCCUCAAAGCUCGAAGCAUGACUAUAAAGGCUUUGUAGCAGGAGUCUUCUCCGGAAUUGCCAAACUAAGUGUUGGCCAUCCGUACGUGAUCACGCUCCUACUACCUCUUCCCUACCACUUAUACUACCUCUCUGGACAACGCCCAUAUAAUGUCACAAAUUGA